UCCAAAAAAGAAAAGUUAAAGAACGGAGUAUUUAAAACCCGACCCAGUAGGAUCCCGGGCAGUAACUUCAAGCUCCCCCUAACUAUCAAAACCCUAAUUGCUCCAAAAAUGGAUCAAGAAAACCCCCAAAUCUUGAAAAUUAAAAGCAAUGUCAAUCAAACAAAGCCAACCAUAGUAGUGAUAAUGGGGGCAACUGGGUCAGGCAAAUCAAGGCUUGCAAUUGAUCUUUCUACUUAUUUCCCCAUUGAAAUAAUCAGUGCUGACUCUAUGCAAGUUUAUCAGGGAUUGGAUGUUUUGACUAAUAAAGUGCCUUUACAUGAACAAAAAGGAGUGCCACACCAUCUUUUGGGUACUGUUAGUCCUGAUGCUGAAUUUACUGUUAAAGAUUUUCGAGAUAAAGCUAUUCCGCUGAUUGAUGAUAUUUUGUCCCGUAACCACUUACCAGUCAUUGUUGGAGGUACAAAUUACUAUAUCCAGUCACUUGUGAGCCCAUUUCUUCUGGAUGAAUCAACGGAAAAUAUGGAUGAAAGUGUCUCCAGGGAACUCUCUGGAGAUAAACAGAAUGAUUUAGAACUUGAGUUUCAGAGAGACACUUUAAGUCACACUUUAAGUCACAGAUAUGAUCGUCUUCAAGAACUUGAUCCAGCAGCAGCCAAUAGAAUUCAUCCAAAUGACCAUAGAAAAAUAAAUCAGUACUUAAGCUUGUACACUCGAUCUGGGGUUCUUCCUAGCAAGCUUCUACGUGGAAAGGCAAUGGAGAAUUGGGGGCGUGUUGAUAAUUUCAGAUACAAUUGCUGUUUUUUAUGUGUGGAUGCAUCAAUUCCUGUUUUAGAUGAAUAUGUGGGACAAAGGGUUGAUUGCAUGGUUGCUGCUGGCUUGCUUAAUGAAGUUUAUGAUAUAUACAGCUUGAAUAUGGACUAUACACGAGGUUUGCGCCAGGCUAUUGGUGUCCGCGAAUUUGAGGAAUUUUUACGAGUUUACCUAUUUGAAGAUCAAAAUGAUAAUGCUUCAGAAAUUAUGCAGAAAAUGUCAAGAAAGAAAUCCAAUAACAUCUGGAAAGAAGAUAUAGGUGCAAUUCUAAAUUCUCAAAUGGACAACCCACUGAAAACACUGUUAGCAGAUUCCAUUGAGAAUGUGAAAGCAAACACCCGAAGACUUGUGCGACGUCAAAAACGGAGGCUUAACCGACUGCAAGCAUUGUUCGGAUGGGACAUACAUUUUGUUGAUGCAACAGAUUCCUUAUUAUGUUUUUCUGAUGCUUCAUGGUUCAAGAACGUUGUCGAUCCUUCUGCACUGAUAAUUAGCUCAUACCUUAAUAAGGACAAAAGCUUACUUCCUGACUCAGCAGCGAGUAAUGGUAUUAAAGGAUCGAAAAUGAUCCAGAGAGACUUGUGGACACAACAUAUAUGCAAGCCUUGCGGAAAUAGAGUGCUGAGAGGGGAAUAUGAAUGGGAACAGCACGUGCAGGGCCGUGGCCACCGGAAAAGAAUAUAUAGUCUCCGGAAGUCUGGUAUUCUUUGCAGUGAAGAGAAGAAAGAGGCAGAAUAGAGGUUUAUACUAAAAAAUGUGAAUGUUUGAGUGGCAUUGAUGAGAUACAGCCAUGCUGAUACAGGUGUAAAACCUAAAGUGCAAUGUCAGAGUGCCAUAUCUUGAGUGGCAUCUGCUAUUUUUGGAUUUAUUGAUGGAAGAAAAGGAAUUCAAUGAUAUUUUUUUUUGAAACUA